CUGUGCAUGAAAACGAGCGCACCCGAGCAAGAAGAAACACCCUGAGCCAGAGUCCAUAACCGUGCUGAGGGAGGGAGAGAGCACAACAACGCAUUAUCACCGAAUUACCACUGAGACAGACACACACACAUACACACACAGACCGUCUCUUCACGGUCCAUGAUGGGGAGGUUGUGUGACAUAGCUCUUGUGUCCCUCCUGAUUGUGUUUCUGUUGAACACUGAAUCAGCAUGGGCGAAGAGAGGCGGCAGCAGCAGCGGCAAGAAAACCUCUUCUUCUUCAUCUUGGAACAACAGGGGUGGGACACAGUCAAAACCAUCUCAGCCGGGAAGCUACCCCCGACAGCCACAGAGUCCCAAUCGAAACCCCAAUCCAUACCCUGCUGGGGGAAGUUACCCUGGAGCAGGCAACACUAAUCCAGGAGGAGUCCCCAGACAAAACCCACCAAAUUAUCCAGGAGUUGGUAGUAACCCCAACCAAUAUCCCGGUAGAGCCAAUCCUGGAGGUUAUCCAAACCAGAACCCUGCAGGUGGAUAUCCUGCUGGGGGGUAUCCGAACCAAAACCCAGGGAGAGGGAAUUAUCCACAUCAAAAUCCACCUGCAGGAGGCUACCCGGCGGGAGGUAGCUAUCCAGGCAGACCUGGCAACCCAGGAGGAUAUCCUAACCAAAACCCUGCAGGAGGCUACCCUGCAGGAGGCUACCCUGCUGGAGGCUACCCUGCUGGAGGCUACCCUGCAGGAGGCUACCCUGCUGGAGGCUACCCAGGUGCAGGAGGGUAUCCUAAUAGGGGAGGUGUCAAUCCAGGUGGGUACCCGGCAGGUGGUUACCCAGCAGGUGGUUACCCAGCAGGUGGUUACCCAGUCAGAGGGGGGAAUACAGGACAGGGUUGGGGUCAGCCGGGCUGGGGUCAAGCUGGUGGGUAUCCGGGGGGUUACCCUGGUGGAGGGGUUGGUGGCUACACCAACUGGAACCCGAAUAAUAAGAUCCUCAGUCCCCGCUAUGGUGGAGGAUAUGGAUAUGGCGGUGGUCAUGGGAUGGGAGGGUCUCCUUUCUCUCGUUCUGUGCAGAACAUGGGCUACGCGCCCAAGUCUUCAGGUUUUGCCAAGAAAGCCAUGCUGGCAGCAGGCGUGGGUGCUGUGGCUGGAAUGGCCGUCGGAUAUGGAUUAGGGCGCUUCCCUCGACCACACUUCAGUUUCCGCAAUCCCGAAGAAGAGUACUACUACAACAACUACAUGUAUCGGCGUUAUGGCACCCAGUCCACGGAUGAAAAGGACUAUGGGCGUGAUUAUGUCUACAAGCCUCCACCUCGGGCAGAGUCUUACGACAAGUUCAUGGAUAACUGUAUGAAUAGGACUGACACUCUGAAAGACCAGAGGAGUGGCUCGACCACGCCUAAAAGUCAGGGUGAAGCUGAUGAUGAUGAUGACACCGUCAGCAUUGAGGAGAUUGGAUACCCGGCCCUAAUCGUGCAAGUCAAGGCCCGGCGCUGCGUCGAGCAAUAUAUGGUCUACUCGGAGCGCUUUCUGCAGGAACGAAAGGCGGAACAACAAGUCAUGCCAAGUGGCAGCAGCCCUAUAAACUACGGGGCAGCUCAACUUUUCACGUCCCUCCUCAUGCUACUUUCCAGCAUGCUACUCCUCCAGUGAGAACACUUUGUCCUCCUUUUACUAUACCCUAAAUGGAUUUCUACUUCCUCCAUUAUAUCUGCACGACCAUACAAGGCUAAUGUAUAUUAUCUCCAUAGCGGCUUUCUGGGUCAUAUAAAGUCAGUCCUCUAUUAUCGUCUCAGAAAACUAAUAUGUGUAUAUAGUAACUAAAGGUGUCCAUUUUAAGAGGCAGCAGUCAGUGUAAGAUUUCACAGUUAGAUCAUGGAGGCAUCAGUUGUGUGUUGUACAAGCUGCACGAUUUUCUCUCUGUUAAGUUUCUCAAUAAUUAAUUUUACAUCUUUGUUAUUUUUGCACUUAUUUUUACUCCACAUUAUUACGCACUGAAUGCAUAGAAAACAGAUUCAGGGUACUUAAGUUCAGUUUUUGUGACAGUUUAUUGGUACAAUAUGUCUGCUACUGUGUAAAAUAUGAAUGUAACAGUAAGAGCUCCGACUAACAUCAUUCACUCAUCCGUUUCAUCUGCACUGGACAAUUCAACGGACUGAUUUUUCAGUGGGUUAAAUGUGCUUAAAGCGAAAUUUUGCUCGCAUGUAACACAACCCUGAUUUAAAAAAAAUUGGGAUUCUGUGUAAAUGGACAUAAAAACAAAGUGUAAUGUAAAUCCUUUUUGACAUACAGUGGAGGAAACAUAUUUCCAAUGCAGCUAUUCAUGUGAGAUAAGACCAGACAUUAGUAUUAACUCAAUAAAACUACAAAGAUAAGAAACUGUAAUGUUUUCAUCCAUAAAAAUUGUGUGGAAUGACACAGAAGAAAAGUAUUAAACACACUGACUGACAUUUAUAUAACACUUGGAGAAGCCUUUGUUUGCAAUGCCAAGAUCAAGGCUCUUCCUGUCUUUAAAAAAGAAAUCUCUCACAGUCAUCGGGUGGGAUGUUGGUCCAUUCGUCCACACAGACUCUUUAAAUCCUGAGAAUUUUGGGGCCUGUUGCGAAGACAAAUAAAAAAAGAACUUUCACCCUCAAAACUUUAACGAUUAUACCCUUUUCCUACCAAAUUAGCUAUGGUUCUUGUGGUUCUGUUCAGGAUGAUGUUCAAGUAUGAACCAACUAUUAAAGAGACCACUGCAUGCUCUUUUUUUGUCUGACAAUUUCUCACUUGACUUCCUCAGUGUUGCCCUGUCCAACCUGUCGAAUAUGACAUGCCCACUGAUGUCGUCUAGGAAAAACUGCCAUUUUUUGGUUCCAGCUGAGAACUAACUUUUUGGGUUCUCAACCAAUUUAUUUUUUGGCCAAAGUGCUCUAAAUGGAUCAAGAUUAGGUGUGUAAACUAGAAUAGAACCACUUUAAUGUUGGUGGAAAAGAGUAUUAGUGUCCUCAGUUCCCGAAACGCUUCCUGAAUUUCAUUAAAAGAGAAGGUGAUGUAACACAGCGGUUAACAUGCCCUUGUCCCGACAUUUUUGGAUCGUGUUGCAGGCAUUAAAUUCAGAAUGAGUGUAUAUUUACACAAAACAACAAAUUUAUCAGUACACUAUAUUACACUAUACACUAUGUUCAAUUAAAUACAGGUUGAAAAGGAUUUACAAACCAUUGCGUUCUGGUUUUAUUCCCGUUUUACACAUUGUCACAACUUUUUUGGAUUCUGGGUUGCACAAAAGAAUGUUUAACCCAGUGCUGAUGCACUUUAAACCAUUUAAACACCAGGUUUUCAAAGCAGAUGUCGUGGUCACUUCUAAAUAAUAUAGUAUGUCAAUGGGAACAAAAGGAGAUAUGAUUCCUUCAGAUGUUUUUUUUUUCGGGAUCAAGCACAGCCAAAACAAGAAGAAAAUAUGUUAUCAGUGACAGAAAAGAAGUAAACGCCCUCAGUUCAUAAUGUGGCUUGCUAACAGUUCAGUAAUGGAUAUGUGGCGAUGACUGGCUCUGCGUUGUUU